GUGCAAUGUUCAAAGGUCUUCGAAGAGCUUGGAAAAGGGAAACAGGCGCUUGCAAAGGAAGGGCUGGUCCCACUUCAUCUUCGUGGAAUCACUUGAGUUCAGACGCCAUUCUGCAUAAGGAAAUGUUUCCCCAAUGGGUUCUAGCCGGGCUCAUUGCAGGCGCUGUGUUGCAGCGGCUAGUGAAAGGGCGCAGGCGCAGAGCAUAUAGGAAAGGCGAGGGAAAGGGUGACCUUCCGGAUGUCAGAUAUAGUGCCACGGGCUUCGGAGUAGAAAGAGCCAGUAGUGGGGAACUGCUGCAGUCCAUCGAGGAAGAAGAGAUGGCCGAGGACUCUCAGGCUGAAGCUGUUGACAGUGCGGAAGAUGAUGGAGAGCCGUGCCAGCAGCAGCUCAAUGGUGUCUGCACAAGUCCAGAGUUGUCUGGUGCUAGCGCUGCGAGUGGCCUACCAGCACUAUCUUCAGCAAUGAACCAGAAUGUGGAGCCUCUGGAAAUAGUAGAUGCAGAGGAAUCGAGCUCUGUAGAUCCGAUAGCCAUGCCUGACAGUGAUAGUCCAGAAGAGCAAACGCCACAUACCAUAGGAUCCGGUGUUGCUGACGUGUUUGAAGUCAGACAGGGGAAUGCAGAGUCUGACGAGGCUAAUGAGGUGGUAAUAGACCCCGGUCCACUAAAUGGUCCAGACUCAGGUGUUGAUAACGAAGGUCAGGACGACCAAGAGGCGCGUGCUGAUGUUGGCAAUGUGUUACCGUCGGCACAUCAGUCUGCCAGCCAAGAGAAUGGGGAAGCAAGCUCUACCCAAGCUCACGGUGAGGCAGCAGAUGACAUGGAAAGGAGUCCUGAGCAGCCAGCGGCAGCUCCCCAGUCACCUGCACCAGCGGGAGGGCAGGAAGAGGGGAGGGAAGCUUCUCCGCCCCCUUCUGGGCACAAGGUAUUAAGGCCUCGGGUAUCGCCUCCCCUGGUCAGAGUUGGGCUGACAGUACCCAGUCCCUUAGAACACCAAAGGCCGGGCUUGGCUGGACUCCUCAAAGAUCGGGACUUUGAUAGGCACAGCUCAGCGUAUGGUGUGAGGCUCUGGAUGGUUACGCCAGACAUGGCCUCAAGAUUGUGACAUGAUGCAAGUCAUGAUACUCACAGUGGAUCUUGGGAGUGGGUCGAACACCUUCGUAGGAAAGCGAAAAUGGUUAACCUAGAACUGUACAUUGCAGCAAUUGACCUUUUAUGUCCUGACAAAUGACCGACAACACUGCUGGAAAGCCAAGCCGAUGAGUUAGAGAGAUCGAAAUCAUCUGCCACUCCGCUGGACCUAGCCAGCCAUCACACGAUAAUCUGCAGCCCUGCCUAGGGAAUAUGGAGCGGAUCUCAGACCAGUUAGCAG